AUCAAAUAUUUCAAAAAUAACGAAAAUUAACAACAAAUAACUGGAGCAGCCAAGUAGCAAGAACUCCUGCCACUGUAACAAUGACCCAAUAAAAACGCUGCAACAGUAAUAACAGUAAAUUAUUCUCCCCGCGCUGGCAACACAGACAAAUGCGCCAUUCCCCAUUCGGCGGCGCGAAACGCGGCGGUCGGUCGUUCCCGCACUCGUCCGGAAACGUCAAACGUCAUCACAAUAAAAAAGAAAACACGAUCGCGUUCGGAAAAAAUAGAAUCAAAGAUUCCUGCGCGAUAAAAAUACUAAUCCGUUACUCGAAGGAGGUCCUUAGAGUGUUGUGGUAAAAACAUAAACCUGUUUUGAUCUCGCCGGCCAGUGUGUCGUCGUUUCGCAAGUUUGUGUUCCAUAUUUGAAAUCUGAGGCUGUGUUUGUGACCUACAUGCUUGUGUGCGGUAUUUAGUGCAGUGUGUGUGACGUCAUACAGGUUUUAUUUGUUUUUUCGAAUCAGCUGUGUAAGAAAAGAGAAUGCGUGCAACCAAAAUCACCUAACCUAACCAGUGCUUAAAAGUGCUACAGAACCAACAACCAAACCAAACUGUUGAACGAAGAAGUUGUAGUAAACUACCCUUUAUACGACGAAAAAAUCGCCAUGAGAACCGACACAGUCACAUCUCGAACCAUGCCGGAACCUCCCAGAUCCACAGCGUACUACUACGGAGAGUUGGAACGCAACAAACACAGGACUCUACCCGAAAACGUGACCCAACUCAGCGAAUACGUAGACGCUAACGAAAUCGUCAACGACGUCCCUAUAACAGACGUACCGCCGCUUCGAGACCGACCAAGACAGUACAGCCUACCAGAGUAUUCCACUCCAGAAGGCAAUCGUAAGCUUCCUGGGGAAACCUAUUCUACAGCUGGGACAUUCCCCAUGCCAGAACCCAAGGAGAAGGAACCAUUACUAGCAGAGUUAGAAGUGGUAGGGCGUUUGCCGUUGUCUCAGUUGGAAGCGACAGGGGUUCGAAGGUCCAGGUCGUGGUAUCUGUGCUGUCCGAAUGCGGGUGAUGAGGAGGCGUCGAGGCAGUCGUCGUGGCGGUAUUCCAGUCUAAGGCCGGUGACGCAGCCUCCGCAGCCGGAUCCAGCAACGAUGCAUUUUAUGCUGUCCUCGCCCCGUCCUCAAGACUCCGUGUCGGCUCUGAAGGCGGAGCGCGCGGCGCUGGCCCGCAGCCUCGCGGCGGAGCGGCAGCGAGCGCAGGCGCAGGCACGCGCCCACGACGCGCGCCUGGCCGAGCUACAUGGAGUCAUCGCCGAGCUGAUGAGGCGCCGGGCACAGGACCAGAGCAACGCCGGGAUACCCGAGGAGCUACAUGGGGUCAUCGCCGAGCUGGUGAGGCGCCGGGCGCAGGACCAGAGCAACGCCGGGAUACCCGAGGAGGCCAGCGAUAGAUCUGAUGAGUGUGAAUCGACAACGCAACCGGCUGGUGAGCUGGACAAUGAUGCAGACCAAUCCAGGACUGACCAGAACGAUACAUUGUCCCGUCUGAGCUCCGAGCUGGCGAGCCCCGCGGAACCACUGACUGAAGACGUGGGGAAGGCUGACCAGGAGAUACAAGUCAGGAUAUCUCAAGCAUGCGAGACAGAGACAGAUUGCGAGAGCCACCGCGAGGGAGCGAGACAGCUGUACGAGAAGAGUUUGAAUCUGAGCGAGAGGGACUCGGAGAUAUGUCUCAGCACUGCCAGAUGCUGCCAGUACUCGCGGCGCGCGCACAGUGCGGUCCCCAGCAGCUGCGAACGCGAACAAGGCUCUGAUGAUGUACAGGUUGUUGGGCAAGGUCGUUGCGAGUCCCGACAAGCGAAAUUAGCGUCCCGAGUGCGACUGAAGAGGACCGAGGACACAGCGACAUCUAUCGUUGGACACGACGAGCCGUGGUGCGUGGCGGCGGAACAGCUGGCAGAAGAAGUUUGUGCUCAGGCUGACCUGAGAGAGGCGCUGGCAGCCGCUGAAACUGACCCGUCAGUCCUCGUGGCCCAGUUAGAGACCCUGCGGUGUCGCUUGUCGCGGCUGCAGGCGGACGCCGGCGUGCUGCGCUGCGCGGGCGCCGCCGCCGCGCACAGGGCCAGCCGGCUAUCCCAAGCAUGCGCAGCCCACGAGUCAGCCUCGGUAGCCCUGUGCGGAGCUCUACUGGCCGCGGACCGCGCGCUCGAGACAUACGACGUGCUGCUGGCGCUGGCCGAGAGCGAACCCGGGACCGCCGAGCGCGAAUCAGCCGAGCUAGUGGCGCGCCAACUGCUGGCCAAGCUGCGGGCGGAGCCCUGCGGCGCCGUCGGGGAGCCGCUGCUGUCCCCCGGGCCCUGGCUGCUGCACCGACACCAGGUGCACCCCCUAGAGCCGUGGACGGCGGAGAGCGAGCGCGCGCUGAGACAACACGCGGCGCGGCUCAAGAGCGACUCCGCGGCGAUACGGGCCACCGCGCCCGCGCCCGCCAUGUUCACGCUACACGAAGACGACGAGGAGGUCCCCGCGUCGGCGCCGCCCGUCAGCAUGGUGGACAUGGAGCACGCCGUCAUGAUGCAGGAGGUGCUAGUGGCGCGGGAAGAGCGAGCGGCGGCGCUGGAAGCUCUGUCUCUGGAGCGCGCGCGAGUCAACACCCUCGUGCGACAGGCGACCCCCGUGCACAGAAGACGGGAGCCCCGCGACAGAGAAGAGAAACACUGGCUCGACGCUUCUGAGACAGACCUAUGAGGUUACUUAUUUAACUGAAGACAGAAGGAGAGUAACAUUUCAAAAUAGACACAUCGACACAUCGUUUAUUUACUAAAAAAAAUACACAUCACAAAUACAAAACAACAUCAAUAGGAACAGUGACAUGAAUAAUCACAAUAAUUGUGGUGUGUAUUAUGUCAGUAAAAUGGCUCUGACUCAGCAUGUGCUGUACAAAAAUUUAUACAGCGCUGGUAAUUCUGCCAGAACCAGCGAGUUGGGGUGGUACGCGGCUAAAAUAUAAUAUUAUAUUUAUUGACGUCUGUGUUUGUUCCGAAAGAUUUAUGACACCAUAGGGUAGAUUAAAUAGAGAAUUUCGACAAACGGUUAUACGGAAAGAUUUCAUUUAGACAACUGACUAUGAGGUUAAUUAUUUAACUAAACACCAAGGAAAAUAACAUUUAUAAAGGACACCUAUGGGGGAUGAUAAUCAGGACUAGAAUUCGGAAUUUCGGCAAACUGUUAUAAUGGGGAGAAGAACUAAAAGCUAAUUGCAGAUGGCGCCUUAGGCGACUGUACCGAAUCCUGGAGUUCUAAUUGGUUGGUUCAGUCGCCAUUUUUUCUCCCCAACAAUGUUAUUGGUCAGAACCAGAAAGGCACACUCGAUUGUGCUGCCAAAGUUUCACUUGGGUUUCUAUUAAAACAAGAUUUUAUUUAGAAAGAAAGAAAGAAAGAUACAUUUAUUUGACACACUGAGACAGAAUAAUAAGACAGAAAAAGAAAAAGAAACAACAACAAAAUAAAGAGAAUACAGAACAAACAAAACAAAUAAAGGUUGCUGUCCAGUGUGUCAAAAAAUUCAGACAUUACUAUGACAUUAAUCUUACUGCGACUUUUUUAUUUAAAACAAAUCUUGUCGUAUGUAGCUACAGGAUGUUGCAAUAGUGGUGAGUCACAAUCACGACCUGAAUUACACCCCCAUUCGGCUUAAUAUACCACUUUUGCAAGACUUUUGUAUACCUAAGUAUUAUUGGAACCACAGACCUGUAUUUGAGUAGACAACGCAAGUGCAUGUACUUCGCGUGUAAAAAGGGAGUGAAAUUAUCUUCCUUUAGCGCAGUGUCAUUAGGGACGUUCCUAAACUAAAUCGUUCAAGUGACGUGACUGACGUGACAGUAGGUAUAAAAAUAAUGGCACGCUUGGUUUCUAUACAAGGAAUGAGACAAGCGUUGUCUAUUCAAAUACAGGUCUGUGA